AUGGAAUUUUCGCAGCCAAUUCAAAGACUCAUUGUGCAGUGGGAUACUUUUGAUUGUGUUGUCAAUCCAACAAUAGUUGAGUUUCACAGAUGCAUUAUUGUAAAUCCGGAGAAAUCCCUUAUAACCACCGAAGUCAAAUACAAUCGUGCCUUUGAACAGCUGAAUGCGAGUUUUGUACUGAAACUGCCACGUCCUUCAUCCAAAGAGUAUCAUAAGAUCAUAGAUUUAAAUGUGAAUUUCUGUGAGUUCUACAGACACUCAAAGCAUAACAAGUUUUUAAAUAUCGCCUAUAGAAGCAUGAUAAUGGAAAGCAAUUUACCCAAAAAGUGUCCUCAACCCAAGGGAUUCUACUACUUUCGUAAUAUGAACAUUGGAGCUAAUUUACCGCCGUUUCUGCCAAAAACGGAUUUUAAAGUACAGUUUAAUUUCUUCCUACCUAAUUUUUCUAUAUUCAAUGCUUCAUUAAGUGGACGCUUACUAGAAUCAGCGAGGCAUUCGAAAAGUAAAUAA